GCGGCCGCGGCCGAGGCGGCGCCGUUUCGUGUGCUGUUCGUCGAGCCGGCGGGUGAGCGGCAGCCCCCAAACCGGCACGACCUGCACAUCAACGCCUCUGUGCCGGGCGCCCUCAUGCUGCGCGCCGCGCCGGGGCGGGUGGCGCGGCAGGAGGUGGCGGGCGUGCCGGGCGCGUUUCUGCUGCACGGCGUGCUCGGCCGCGAGGAGGCGGCGGCGAUCCUCCGCCUCGCUCAGCGGAUGGGGUUUCGGACAGACCACCCAGUCAGCAGGCCCGCGCCGUCGCCGACGCGCGGCUGCGAGUGGCUCGCCGACGCGUCGCUGCUCGGCCCCAUGUUCGCGCGCGCCUCGCCGCUGCUGCCCGCCGAGGUUGGAGGCGGGCGGCUGGAGGGGAUCAACCCGCGCUGGAGGCUGUUCGAGUACCGACGUGGCGCCAUCUACCGGCCGCACAUCGACGGCAGCUGGCCGAUGGGCGGCCUCGACCAGGACGGCGGGUAUGUGCACGACCUGCACGGCGCCGCAGUCCGCUCCCGCCUCACCUUCCUCGUCUACCUCAACGACGGCUUCGACGGAGGCUGCACCACCUUCUUCCAGCCCGCGGCGGCGCCGGCGGGCGCGCAGCGAGAGCUCGAUCGGUUCGAGGUGACGCCACUCGCCGGUUCGGCGCUCUGCUUCCCACAGUCCGCCACCGCCUCGCUGCUGCACGAGGGGAGCCCGGUGACGCGCGGUGUCAAGUAUGUGAUUCGCACGGACGUCCUCUACCGCUUCUAGGUAAGCGGUAAGGUAAGGUAAGCUUCUCUCUCCACCG